AUGCGGGAGAUGAAACUGGAGCCCGACGUCAUCGCAUACUGCGCUGUCAUCGGCGCGUGCGGGAAGGGCGAGCAGUGGCAGCGGGCUCUGGCGUUGUUCAACGAGAUGCGGGAGGCUACGCUGGAGCCCAACGUUAUGUGCUACAAUGCUGGGGCCAGCGCGUGUGCGACGGCGGGGCAGUGGCAGUGGGCCCUGGCACUCCUCAGCGAGAUGUGGGAGACGAGGUUGGAGCCCGAUGUCAUUCAGCUACAGCGCUGGGAUCAGCGCGUGCCAGAAUGGCGAGCAGUGGCAGCGGUCGCUGGCGCUGCUCAGAGAGAUGUGGGAGGCGAGGGUGGAGCCCAACGUCCCUUACUCAGCUACAGCGCCUGCAUCAGUGCGUGCGAGUCGGGCGAGCAGUGGCAGCGGGCCUUGACGCUGCUCGGCGAGAUGUGGGAGGCGAAGGUUGCGCCCAACGUCAUCAGCUACAACGCCCUGAUCGGCGCCUCUGGCAAGAGCGAGCAGUGGCAGCUGGUCCUGGCGCUGCUGGGCGAGAUGCGGGGGGCGGCGGUGGAGCCAGACGUCAUCUUCAGCUACAAUAGUGUGAUCAGCGCGUGCAAGAUGUGGCAGCGGGCUCUGGUGCUGUUCAGGGAGAUGUGGGAGGUGAAAUUGCAGCCCAUGGCUAUCAUCACCUACAACGUUGGGAUCAGCGCGUGUGCCACAGGCGAGCAGUGGCAGCGGGCUCUCUCGCUUUUCUGCGAGAUGCGGGCGGCGAAGGUGGAGCCCGACGCCAUCCUGCUACAGCACUGGGAUCAGCGCUUGCGAGAAGGGCUUGCAAUGGCAGCUGGCGUUGACUUUGUUCAGCGAGAUGCGGCAGGCGAUCGUGGAGCCCGACCUCUAGUCAGCUACAGUACUGGGAUUAGUUUGUGCGAGAAGGGCUUGCAGUUGCAGCGGGCUGUGGCACUGCUCAGCGAGUUGGUGAAGGCUACUUCGAACCUCACGUCAUCAUCAUAUAUACAAUCUACAACGUUGUCGUCCGCGCGUACGAGAAGAGCAGACAGUGGCAGUGGGCUUUAG